UUACUGGCCUUAUGUGCACCUAACAUUACCAAAUUUGCGAGACAAAUGUGUUUUUAAUUCAUGGAUAUAAUACCUUUGGACUUUUGUCAUACGUUCUUGUAUACUACUUCCGGUUGUAGAGUUGCAUCUUCUCCCUCUACAGUUACACGUGUGUGAUGUAUACAAAAAAUGUAUCUGACAGGUGACAGUAAUGUGUAAGCUAUAUCAAGAUUGUGCUCGAGUUUGGAGACACAUGAAUCAAGUGGACAUCCUUUAAAAAUGGAUAACUGUUAUGCGGAUGGCGGAGGAGACAACACUUCAAUUGUUGGUCAUUCUGCAAGAGUUCUGACUGCAGAGGAGAAACACAAACUUGAAAAGGACGAUAAACUUGUCUCCGACUUUAAAAGGAAUAAAUAUGAAAUAGAAGCUAAGAAAAACUGGGACUUGUUUUACAAAAGAAACACAACAAAGUUCUUUAAGGAUAGGCACUGGACGACACGGGAGUUUGAUAUGCUGUGUGGUAACAUUGGAGAUUCAAGUGACAAACGGAUUAUAUUGGAAGUGGGGUGUGGUGUUGGAAACUUUAUCUUCCCUCUUCUCGAGCAGGACAGUUCUCUGUACUUCCAUGCCUGUGACUUCUCACCCAGAGCUGUUCAGUUUGUCAAGGAAAAUCCGCUCUACGACCCGAAAAGAUGUAAUGCCUUCCAGUGUGACAUCACAUCGGACCCACUGACCAAUCAAAUGCCAGACAAUUCGGUCCACCUGGUGUCCAUGAUAUUUGUCCUGUCCGCCAUUCAUCCAGACAAAAUGGCCGCUGCAUUAUCCAACAUUUCCAAGGUGCUGCGACCAGGUGGUUUCCUGCUGUUUCGUGAUUACGGGUUGUAUGAUUACGCCAUGCUGAGGUUUCAACCCGGACACAAGCUGUCGGAGAACUUUUACGUAAGACAAGAUGGCACCAGGGCAUUCUACUUCACCACUGAACUGCUGACAGAGUUGGUGACAGAAGCAGGGUUUAUUGUCCGUGAGUGUGACUAUGUACAGAGAGAGACCGUCAAUAAAAAGGAAGGACUGAGUGUUCCCCGGAUAUUCGUACAGGGCAAGUUUGUCAAACCAAAUCUUAAAGACAGCUCAACCGCUAAGGAGGGUGACUGUUUUGCUGAUUGCAAGUCUUUAAAUGAUGGAAGCACUGGAUGUCAUACAGACUCCCAAAGGACAAAUGAAUGCGUGCCAGAAACGAAGAUACACACAGACCCAACAUGUGAUCAUGUGUCAGGUUCACAAAUAUGUACAGACAUAAUAGGCAAUGUGUCAGGCUUACAAAUAUGUACAGACUCAGCAGAAAAUGUGUCAGAAUCACAUAUAUGUACAGACUCAGCAGAAAAUGUGUCAGAAUCACAAAUAUGUGCAGACUCAACAGAAAAUGUGUCGCAUCCUCAUCGGACAGAGUUACCUGAAAAUUUGAUUAAGUGAUCUAGACAAAAGGUCAAAUACUCAUUUGACAGACACAAAAAGUAGCUCUACUUAUAAUGAGUGUUUUGCUGAAACAGACAGCACAUCAUCACUUUCCCUGGGGCCAUUUAGUACAUCUGGUAACAUGUAGGCUGGUCAGUACUGUGACUUAAUAUAUUAACUAUGUGAGUCAGUCCAAACAGUGAUCGUUUGAUAGAAUCAUUCCCCACCUUAGGGGUAACACAGAAAAACUCGACCCAAGGGGUAAGGCUCUUAUAUAUCUAGCCUGAGGCUUUUUCACCACCUUGGGGGUAAGACAGAAAAUCUACACCCAAGGCUUAAGAUUCUUAAAGUCUAGCUCGAGGCUUUUUUCACCACCUUUGAGGUAAGACAGAAAAAUCUCUGCCCACAGGGUAAGGCUAUUAAAUAUCUAGCCUGAGGCUUUUUCCCCACCUUGGGGGUUAGACAGAAAAUCUACACCCAAGGCUUAAGAUUCUUAAAGUCUAGCUCAAGGCUAUUUCCCCACCUUGGGGUAAAGUCAGAAAAAUCUCUGCCCAAGGGGUAAAGUUCUUAAAUGUUUAGCCCAAGGCUCUGCCGCGGGCCAGACAUUUAAGAAUCGUACCCCUUCCGCAGAGAUUUUUCUGUCUUGCUUCCAAAGUGGUGAAUGAUUAUUUUUCUCCCGACUUCAAUACAAGAGUCGUUGAAUGAAACAUGAUCGCAUUGGUUGUAUGGGUUUGCAGCAAACCGAAUGAGAUACCUGCUGCGAUCUGCUCUUGUUGGCGUGAUGUCAAAGAAUUGUUGAAAUAAUGUCAGUGCAUUGUUGACGUGAUCGACGUUGUACAACUGUUACGACAGGGGAAUCCCUCAUCGUCACCCUAGGAUAAGACAGAGAUUUCUUUCCCUGACCAGAAUUGUGAAUAUAUUUGUCUCAUGUGGGAGAAAUACAAUGACUCCCUACACUAACUCAGUGACUCCAUACAUUGAGUCUGUGACUCAAUCCAGGAGUGACUGUUAUACAAUACAAUGAAUUAGCAACUUUGUAGAGCGACUCAUUACAGUAAUGAAAUGUUCUGUAAAACCCUCAAAUGAGAGUGUUUUACCCCAAUUGUUUGCUGUACACCGAUCUUCUAUAGAGCUAUCCCAUAAAACUAAGUGCAUGGGGGUAUAGAAUCUUGAAAACCUAUAAAACAUACCAAAAUCAAAAUUCAUGGGGAACACUUGAGUUACUCAGUGACUAUACAUUGACUCAAUAUCCAUACUUUCAUUCUUGUUCCAUACACUAACUCAGUGAUACCAUACAAGAGUGACUCAUUGACUCAAUAUUGACUCAGUGACUCUAUGAAAAACUUGAUAUGGACAGCAGAUUUAAUACAUUUAAUAUGACUCAAUACAAUGACCCAGGGUUACCCAGAAAUAAAACAUAAAAAAUAAACAAGGCAAAGACUAGACAGAGACAUAUAUACUACAUGUCUCUGAACUAGAGAACUAAAAAACAUCACUCGUUAGAAUUAGCGAUUCACUUGUCCAAAUUCUGUUAAAGCAUAUUCAUAACAUCAACCUCCAGGAGUUAAGUCAGGAAUUGUGUUGUUACAUGUAUAGACUCAACUUUUCAACAAAAAAAAGCAUUCAUCCAACAAAAAAAGUAAGUAUUCAUCCAACAAAAAAAGUAUUCAUCCAACAAAAAAAGCAUUCACCCAACAAAACAAGUAUUCAUCCAACAAAAAAAAAGCAUUCAUCCAACAAAAAAAGUAUUCAUCCAACAAAAAAAGUAUUCACCAAACAAAAAAAGCAUUCACCCAACAAAAAAAGCAUUCAUCCAACA